UCACGAUCCUCUUCUCACCCACUCUCUCUACCUCUCCCACUCCUCUUCCACGCACCCGGCUCUGCUCCUCGCAUCCAGUUGCUGCCGCCCGCACACUGGCGCACACAGCCUGCGCCCGCAUCUCACACAUACCCAUGCCCACCCACGCCCGUCAUGAGUAACGACCUCGAGGACCUCGUUGACUACUCCCUCGAGGACGAAGUCCCAGACCACGAGAUGGUGUGUCCCGCCCAAGUGCCCCUAACUGGACAGGAGAGCGUGUCCGGAAAGGCCGAGCAUGAGACUGAGCCGGAUGUCGACGGGCCGCCGACCGAUAACGAGCUGCGCCUCGCCGCUCGCGUGCUUGAGCUGGAGCGCGAGCGUGAUUCCUUGGCAGAUCAGCUGCGCGACCUGCAGUCGCAGUAUCCCUCGCACUCGACCAGUAUCCCAGUGCCAGAUUCUGCGGAGCCGAUCCACGUCCCACCGGCCCUUAUCCCAGUGCUUUCGUUGCUGCGCGACCACAUCCAAGAAUUGGCGCGCGACAAUGCCGCGCUCCGCUAUACCUUCCUAGGGCCUAACCGCCUGUCGCCGGGCAGCAGCAUAGCGACUACGCCACUGAGUGUCGACUCGCCUCUCACGCAUGAUGCCACGACCAUGCCCCUCGCGCUUCCCGUACCCUCCCCAGGAGUGAUGGGCGGGCUGGCGCCUCCGCGAUCUGCGUCCGCCGCGCCUCCCGAAGCCGCUGGGGUCGACCUCUCCGCUGUCGUCGAGCGCGUGCGCACCCUGAUAUUGGAGAAUGACGAACUCGGGGACAUGGUAGCCGAAGCGGGCCGCGUUGACGGCGAGGAAUGGCUGCGUACUCUCGACGAGUCCAAAGCCAUGAUCGCGUCCCUCGACGCGGACUUGGCGACCAACCUCGCGGUUAUGGACAGCCUGCGCGUCGAGCUAGACGCCAAGGACAAGGACGGCAAGCCGUACGGCAUAUCCAUACUUGGCCGUGCUAAUGAGGGGCAUCGGCGCGGGAGCGAGGGGGAGACGCGCCGCGACGACGACGGAUCGAGCAAGCGCAGGCGCUAGAUCACAUGCAUACAUUGUAUCAGUGGUUGCCGCAAUGCUGGGUGACGAGCGUGUGAGC